AUGGAAAAGCUUGGCCAGAUCGACAGGAAGUGGCGACGAUCUGCACGACACGAUCUUGCUACAUUUCCUUCAUGCAUUGGUCUGCGCAAUGCCGAUGUUGCUGCAAUUCUCGAAGAGGAGAAAAGAGAAGGCAUCAAACUAGAGGAGGCGCUUGCUCUCGCAAUACAACACGGUUUCUAA